UGGAAUCCACCACUCGUAAGCUCCCCUCCUUCCUUUUCCAUAACUAAAUCUCUAGGAGCCGAUACAAAGAAACUCCGUAACGAUCGGUGCUUAAAGAACCUGAACAGGUCACCCUCCGAUAUCUUAAACUACGAUUUCUGUGACGACCCGUACCCUGACUACGACUACCUCCUACUGCAGAAGCAAGAGAGCCUCCCUUUCAGCAUGGUUAAGUAUACUGGCGAGGACGGGGCUGAAGAAGAGAAGGAGCAGAGCGAUGGGACGAGUGGCAGCGGGUCUGAAGGAGCAACUUUUCAUGAAAAUAUGAAGCAUAAACAGCUUAUAGUUGGUUCUGUAGGGAAAUCAACUAAAGCGAAGACUUUUACGGAGAAGACGAAUAAAUCUGGGCUAGGUCUUUUAUUUUGUAGCUUGUUUGGGAAAAAUGAAGAAGACAUUACACAAGACGAUACAGAUCGAGAGAACCUUAAAAAGGGCUCAAAGAAUAAGAAAUUUUGUUUCAAGCCAGGCCCGAUGCUUGAGAGAGGGGCUAAACUGAUAGAACAGUUCCCAGAUUUAACCAUUGAUGACUUAGAAACUGUUCAGUUCAUUGGAAGAGGAGCGUUUGGAAAUGUCUCUCUGGUAAAUUGAAAAUUAAACAAUUUACCAUAUGCUCUCAAGGAAAUGAGCAAAGAAGAGAUCAUGAGGCAAGGGAGGUUCACCCAUCUCAUGAGAGAGAAAGACAUAAUGAACAAAUGAAUUCAUAAUAACAUUGUCAGGUUGGAGACAACUCUCAAGGAUGAUGAAUUUUGCUACUUCUUGCUCGAAUAUCACCCAAUCGGAGAUUUAUCAAGUCUCAUUGAUAGGGAAAAGAAACUAAGCAAGAGGUUGACUAAGUUCUAUGCUAAAGAGAUCAUUUCUGUGCUAGAAUACUUCCAGAAGCACAAUAUUGUGCAUCGAGACAUGAAGCCUGAUAAUAUUCUUAUUGAUGCCUCUUUCCAUUGCAAAAUCGGUGAUUUUGGAGCAGCUAAAAUAAUUGACCCAGAAAUGGUCAAUGAAGAGCUUGAUAAAUUAAAUUUUGAUGAUCAUGAAGACUCCAGCUCUAUUGAAGACACUCCUGAUUUCGAUCUGGAAGAUUUUGACAGAAGAUAUAGCGAUGAGCAAGAUAACAGAGAAGGAACUUUUGUCGGCACACCAUUAUACGUAUCACCAGAAAUGUUGGAACACAAUAUUGCUUGCUUCGGAUCCGACCUUUGGGGACUUGGAUGAAUAAUCUAUCAAUGUCUCACUGGAUUUCCUCCUUUCAGGGGAGAAACACAGGAAACAAUUUUCAAUGCAAUUCUAGAUAGAGGAGUCUACUUCCCUGAUGAUAUUGACGAGGAUGCAAUGGAUUUAAUAACUAGACUCCUAAUGAAAGAUCCGAGAGAUCGACUAGGAGCUGGGCUGAAGCAUAGCGGAUUAUCAAUAAAGGAUCUCAAAAAGCAUCCAUUCUUAAAGGGAACUAAGUGAAGAAACAUGUUCAAAAAGAAGCCUCCAGUAUCAAAGAAAUUAGCCAAAGCUGCAAAUAGAGCACUUAGAAAGAAUAAAAAAGAGCGUCAAGAACAAAGCGACAGUGAAGAGGAUGUUGAUGAAUAUAAUGACAGCAACAGACCUAGCAAAGUAUUUGACACCAUUCAAAAAAGGAACCCAUUUAAAGGCUAAACAGGCACCUUUCUUACAAAGCCUCACUAACCUUUCAGGACUUCUGUCCCUAAAAUCCUCACUUACUUAUCACCUU